UUGGAAUCUGUUGCAUUGAAAUUUGACGCGAUGAAGCGUUUCUGAUUGAAUUAUAACCAGAAAAACAGGAACAGAUAGAAUCGAUAUAUAUAAAUGGCGACUUUGAGCCCGAGGAAGACGCUUACGAAUUCACCGUCUUCUUCAGGACGACCACCACAGGCGGUGAAGGUUUCUCGCCGGACGUCAAGUGGACGAUUCGUAAGUCUAUCUCGCGACGACGAUUUAGACAUGUCAGGCGACUAUUCCGGUCAGACUGAUUACAUAAACUACACUGUAUUAAUGCCUCCGACGCCUGAUAAUCAGCCAGGCGGAGGAACGGGUACAGAUUCCAAAUCGGACGGUACUGCUACGACUCGAUUCGGAUCUGAGGCUCGAGGAUUGAUUAGGCGAGUCGGAGAUUCGGAUCCGAACGGUGGAGGCGGCGAUGGUGAUGCCGCGAAGGAUAGGAGAAUGUCGGUGAUGAAAUCGUCGAACAAUAAAUCGAUGCUGUUGCGAAGCCAAACGUCUGAUUUCGAUCACAACCGCUGGUUGUUCGAAACAAAAGGAAGAUACGGAAUCGGAAAUGCGUACUGGCAGGAUGGAGAACAGGAUCAAGGCUAUGUUUCGGAAGGGAUGAGCAUGGCGGAUUUCAUGGACAAUCCAUGGAGGCCGCUCACGAGGAAAGUUAAAGUCCCGCCAGCUAUUCUGAGCCCCUACAGGCUCUUGGUGUUCAUUCGAAUGGUAGUAUUGGCAUUCUUUCUUGCAUGGCGAAUCCGAAACCCAAACCCUGACGCAGUGUGGCUAUGGGGAAUGUCUAUUGUUUGUGAGGUGUGGUUUGCUUUCUCAUGGCUUUUGGAUAUUCUUCCAAAGCUCAACCCUAUAAACCGAGCCACCGACCUCGCUGCGCUUCGAGAAAAGUUCGAUAAGCCGACUCCGACCAACCCGUCUGGGCGGUCCGACCUUCCCGGAGUCGACGUGUUUGUGUCCACUGCCGACCCAGAGAAGGAACCGCCACUCGUCACGGCUAACACUAUUCUCUCAAUCUUGGCCGUUGAUUACCCUGUGGAAAAGCUGUCGUGCUACAUUUCGGACGAUGGUGGCGCCAUACUUUCGUUUGAAGCCAUGGCGGAGGCUGUUAGGUUUGCGGAGGUAUGGGUACCGUUUUGCCGAAAGCACAACAUAGAACCCAGAAAUCCAGACAGUUACUUCAACAUAAAAACGGAUCCAACCAAGAACAAGAAGCGGCGGGAUUUUGUGAAGGACCGCCGGUGGAUAAAGAGAGAGUACGACGAGUUUAAGGUCAGAAUCAACGGGCUACCGGAAGGCAUUAAAAAGAGGAGUGAUAUGUACAACUCCAGGGAGGAGGCCAAGGAGAAAAAACUGGCUCGAGAUAAGAACGGCGGUGAGACACCGGCCGAGCCAGUCAAGGUCACCAAGGCCACCUGGAUGGCCGACGGCACCCACUGGCCUGGAACUUGGCUUAAUGCAACCGCCGACCACUCCAAGGGCGACCACGCUGGCAUUUUGCAGGUAAUGACAAAGGUACCAGAAAACGACCCAGUUAUGGGGGGUCCAGAUGAGAACAAAUUGGACUUCACAGGAAUUGACAUAAGAAUUCCAAUGUUUGCAUACGUGUCACGUGAGAAACGGCCUGGUUAUGACCACAACAAGAAGGCUGGAGCCAUGAAUGCCAUGGUUCGAGCCUCGGCAGUGCUAUCAAAUGGGCCUUUUAUUCUCAAUUUGGAUUGUGACCAUUAUUUCUACAACUGUCAAGCUAUAAGAGAGGGAAUGUGCUUCAUGAUGGAUCGAGGUGGCGACAGGAUUUGUUACAUUCAAUUCCCUCAGAGAUUUGAAGGCAUCGAUCCCUCUGAUCGUUAUGCCAACCACAACACUGUCUUCUUUGAUGGAAAUAUGAGGGCAUUGGAUGGUCUUCAAGGCCCAGUGUAUGUGGGAACUGGUUGCAUGUUCAGGCGAUAUGCACUGUAUGGCUUCAACCCACCGAGAGCAAACGAAUACACAGGCAUGUUUGGGCAAGUCAAAUCCGCAGCCAGAACUAAUUAUCAACCUCAGUCUGAGGAAGAUGAUUCUGACUCUCACCCUUUGACGGAUCACCCUGACUUGGACCUCCCUAAGAAGUUUGGAAGCUCUACCAUAUUUACAGACUCCAUCCCUGUAGCCGAGUUCCAAGGCCGCCCCCUCGCCGAUCACGUCUCUGUCAAGAACGGUCGACCCCCCGGUACCCUGCUCAUGCCUCGUCCACCUCUUGAUGCCCAAACUGUAGCUGAAGCAGUUGCUGUUAUCUCAUGUUGGUACGAGGACAAGACCGAAUGGGGCGAAAGAAUUGGGUGGAUUUACGGGUCAGUGACAGAGGAUGUGGUGACUGGUUACCGAAUGCACAAUCGAGGGUGGCGGUCAGUUUAUUGUAUCACCAAGCGCGAUGCCUUUCGGGGCACUGCACCAAUCAACCUCACAGAUCGUCUUCACCAAGUGCUUCGAUGGGCUACCGGCUCAGUCGAAAUCUUCUUCUCUAAAAACAAUGCUUUUCUAGGAAGCAAACGCCUCAAAUUCCUUCAACGUGUAGCCUAUCUAAACGUUGGCAUUUACCCAUUCACUUCCCUUUUCUUGGUCGUGUACUGCUUUCUCCCAGCACUUUCCCUCUUCUCAGGACACUUCAUAGUACAAGGCUUAAACGUUGCAUUUCUCAGCUAUCUUCUCAUCAUCACUGUUUGCCUUUGCCUUCUAUCCCUCCUUGAAGUAAAAUGGUCAGGCAUUGCCUUAGAAGAAUGGUGGAGAAAUGAACAAUUUUGGGUCAUUGGUGGAACCAGUGCCCAUCUUGCUGCAGUUAUUCAGGGACUUCUUAAAGUCGUAGCUGGGAUCGAAAUCUCCUUCACUCUUACGUCGAAAUCAGCCGGAGACGACGAAGACGACAUUUACGCCGAUCUUUACCUCGUCAAAUGGACGAGUCUCUUUAUAAUGCCGCUUACAAUUAUAAUUGUCAACAUCAUUGCAGUUGUAAUUGGCUUCUCAAGGACUGUUUACAGUGUGAUUCCUCAAUGGAGCAAGCUGUUUGGUGGUCUGUUCUUUAGCUUUUGGGUGCUGGCUCAUAUGUACCCAUUUGCCAAAGGGUUGAUGGGCAGAAGAGGAAGGCUCCCAACCAUUGUGUAUGUCUGGUCAGGGCUGCUUUCAAUCACUGUUUCUUUGCUAUGGAUUUCUGUCAGUCCACCUGACAGUGCUUCUGAUGGAAGCAAUUAGGUAUGAUCUUCUUUCAUUCAAUUUUAAUCAAUCGGGAUGUCAAGAAGCUCAUAACCAUGGUUCGCCCCUUCUAAUUUAUGAGGGUUUUUCCAGACCCAGGGGAUUGAAUCAAAUCAUAGUACAAAAAGCUAUUAGGAUUGUGUUCAUUUGAUUUGUUUGUGUGUUUGUUUGUUUCUCCUUUCAAUAUUCUUCCCACAUUCUUCCCACAUUCUUCUAGUAUUAUCCAGUAAUACUACAAGACAAGUGAUGAUCUAUGUUCGUGACAAAGGUACAAUUGUAUUAUGUACAUUAGUGUACUGGUUUAGCUGGAGCUUUUGUAUUCAUAGAUGUUUUGAUCUAUGAUGUAAAUUUUUUCGAAGAUACGUUUUAGAUCCAGACAUGAAAAAUUAUUACUCGAAUGUGCUCGAGGGAACAAAUACUAGAGUCUUCUCUUAUCAACUUUAGGUUUGUACUCAUGUUUUGUAAUAUUCUAAAGGAUGUGUAUCAUUUUUUUGUCCGAA